AUGAUGAAAACCGACAUCCUAUUUAGUUCGCAAGAACUGAGAUUCUCUCGUGCCCAAAAACAAGCCAUCCUAUCGUGGGGUCGUGACCUUGGUGCCGAGAACGUCCCGUCGCUCUACAAGAUCGAGAAAUUCCAGGCCGACGCUUUGGAGGCUUGCGGCAAUCCCUCCAAACGUAUGCAAACGUCUACAGGUCAGGUCUUUUAUCAAAACUCAAUGCAUCAUCAUGUCGCGCAGCAAUACGCGCACCCGAACGUCCGGGGCUACAUCAAAGCCUACCCCGUCUUUGCGGGCGGGUGUGUCUCAGAGACAUAUCAUAGCUCUAAGUGGCUUGUAGACGCACCUGGAACGCUACUCACACCCAUGGUUCGAAUUGAUGACCGAGACUUCUAUGUUGACGAGUUGACGUACUGCAAUGAUGAAGAAUGGUGCAUUCCGGUGCGAUUUUUUGAGUUUGAGGGCCAGGGAAUGUGGGCGGUCUGCCAGAAAGUUGAGAUGACAGAGGUGGGUGAUUUAGCAUAG